AUGCGGAAGCCCAAUGCGGUAGCUAUUGCAAACAAUUGCUCCCAAUCGCAGGGUUCUAUUUCAAAGGUAGAAUCUUGUACAUGCCCCUCAACCACGUCUUAUGAACCAAUAUCUCUCACUAUGUGUCAGGAUACCACCUUAUCCAGACCCUCGGUGUCACGCCACAGCUACUAUGCAAAACGAGAUCAGAUAGGUUUUGAUUCAAUCUAUUACACCUUUAGUACGUUUCAUGCUAGAGGAGAAAACAGGAUAUUACGCCUCAUGUUCAUCGUUCUGUAA